CCAGCACCGGCUGCACCACCCUCCUUGCGAGAUCCAGCCACUCCUCUCUCUAAGACGGCGGGUCCUCUGUCUCUCUUUUUGCAUCUCCUUGCAUCAUCCUGUUGCUCCUUCAAUCGCUUCUGGACACGCCUCCCAGCCUCCAGCCCCUUGCUGUUGUUCGCUGGCUCGCAGUCAGCAACACUCCCUCAGACACAUCGUGAAACUACCUCGACCUUCCUGAAACCCCACACGUUGGACGCCGUCGCACGUCUUUUGCUCAGCCUUCCUCUUGGAAUUAUAUUUCCCUCAAUACCAUCGCCCUCCCUGAAUCGUAACUCUAAUACGACUCCUUGGCUCCCGACUUUGACGAACAGCACCUUCCGCACAUCGCCCUAUUCAGCUUGACUUCAUAGCUCUUGGCGUACGAGCCUAAAUCAAUGCCAGCCAUGUUCUCGAAGAGGAGUGAUUGCGUGGAGGACUUCAAUGGCGAUAUCCAAUGCUACCAGUACAACGGCUUCUGGUACACAACGAAAGGAGAAAUAAUCAAAUGGUCCAUUCUUGCCGCCAUCUUCAUCUUCUUCAUGGCCUGGUUCCUAGGUGGAUACAUUCACGCCAAGAGCCGCAUGCGCAAAGGCCUACCGCUCCUCGCAUAUCACCGAUGGCUAGUUCCCCUCCGUGACCGUCAGCGCUACGGCCAAAUGCCGUACGGCCAGGCACCGCAGAAUCACUUCACGUUUUACAAUACCCAGCAACGACAGUACCAGCAACAACCAUACCGAGCCAACGACGGCACUUACUUCGAGCCUCCUCCAGUCUACAACCACGAUGCCCCCCCUUCAUACGUGCCACCUCCAGGAGCCACGAAGCUUCAUCCACAACAAAAUGCUAUGGAAAUGUGGCCACACAUGGGAAGCGGAUCACAGGAGCCUAGCGGAUAUGGCAUGGCCCCUGAAUACAGCGGACCAGUGGGCCAGGAGACAGGCGUAGUGGGUGGUGGACAGCAGAGCGAUCUCGAGAAUCAGUCCGCGGAGCUCCCGCCGAGGCCGCAGAGGGCCAAGCUGGCAGUUGGUAAUCUUCUUGGGAAGCUGAGACGAUGAGCUGGGUAACAGGGGAUGUAGAGGAAACACUCGGAAUCGGUUGGUGGAGUUUUGGUUGGGAACUUGUAUUCUGGUCUGCCACAUCUUUAGAAGCGGAACAUAUUGGUUUGCAGGAACGGCGGUGUUUCAGCAUGGCUGGGCCACGUUUGGGACUCAGAGUUUGGCCUCUCCAAAGCCAGUAAUUACCUAGAUACCUCAAAACAGCGACCUGUCACUAUGGACUACGAAACACCAUUCAAGGGAAUCCAAUUGUGUAUACUGCUGAUCAUAACUAGUCUAUCUCCAUAGCAUCUGGAUCAUCUUCCUCAGUCGCGGACAUUUUCUCUUCCUUCCCAUUCAUCUUACUAUUGACCUCAUGUAACGCAGGCUCUUGAACUGUCGAGCCCUGCUUCUCUCUCAUCCUCGCUCGCGCCUCCA